UUCUAAUGAAAAUAAUAACAUUAUUAAGUGUUUUGUUUGUUAUUGGAUCAAAUUAAAGGCUUCCAAUUGGAAGUUCAGAAUGUAGCAUAUAUUUGGCGAAAUUUGGAACUGCUAAUAAUGUAGAUGGAUCAGGAGCAACAAAAUUGGCAUUUUCAGGUGAUGUUUAGUUCGAGAAUGGAAUUGAUGUUAAGGUUAGUUUGAGAUACUCAGAUGUUGAUCUGUUUUCUAAUUUAACUUAUUAUGGUUUUGUUAAAGAAGAUGGAAAACCAUAAGAAAGUACAUGUCUUGAUCUUAAAUUAUAUAAAUACACUUCAAACUCUUAUUCUGAUGCUAUAGAGAUAAAGAACUUUGCUAUAACUUCAUCGAACAGCACUUAAAAAUAAUGGAGAUAUUACCAUUUCACUAUUCCCGGGACAUAAUUAAAUACAAGUUUAGUUUUUACAUAAAAUUCUAAUUAAUUCCUUUACAAAGGAUAUUAUGCCAUAGCUUACUAUGCUGCUAAUACAGACUAAUUGCAAUAUACAUUUUAUUUUGAAUUUUCUAUGAUUAUUAAUAGAGAGGGUGAAGGAUUUACUGCUUUUAAACCAUUAAGUAGAAAAGCAACCUCUACUUGUGAUCCAAAUAAAGAAUGUGUUACUUAAGAUGAUACUAUAUUAAAAUGGUGCAAAGAUUUUAGUUGUACAAAUUAUGAAACUCCGGAUCUUCAUUAUAAUGAUACAUUUGUUAUAUAAUAGAUAUUUUACUCUGGUGAUAUGACUGUGUAUUAUUUAACUGAAACUGAAGUUUGGUUUGUUGGUGAUGGACUCCUUCAAUAAGCAACAAAAUUAACUUUGAAUAACACAACUCCAGGAUAAGUUAUAAUUUAAUUAUAAGCUGAAGUUGCUUGGAAUAAUGUAUCUAUUUAGGUUUCAUCUAUUUUAUCUUCAACAUAAUCAGGAUAAAGAAGAUUGCUAACAUAAACUUCUUUUGAUACAUUCUCAGGAAAAACAUCAAUUUUAACUUGUAUUAAAGCAUAGGAUCAAAAGAUUUGUCCAUCAUGUGAAUAAGAAUGUGAAAUUAAUGGGUUUGCUCAUGAUGGAUGUCCAGAAUGCUAAUCUUUCCUCUAGAUUAACGAAUUUAUUUUAUUAGCCAUAUUAUUAGCAUUUACUAUAUGAUAAGUUGAUAUUUUUAAAUUAAUUAGAAUUAAAAUUUCACAAAUUAUAAUAACUCAAUUUAUAUUCUAAAUUAUUAUCUAAAAAUCAUAUUCUAUAAUUCAAUUCUCAUUAUUGUUUUUAUCAAUUUCAAAAUAAUUUAUAUAUUUACAUUAUUAUAUAUAUAAAACUUUGAAUUAAUUAGUUUUACUUGAUUUGUUUUCUUUUACAAUAUAUUAGAUAAUAUAUUAGAUUCUGAGUUGAAGAACUUUAAAUAAUAAUA